GGAGGAGCGGAGCGGGGCCCUGAGCAACCCCGCCAUGCUACCCCCGGGCCGCCGCGCUUUCUGCCGCCCACCUCGCCGCCGACGCCGCCACCACCACCGCCCGGCGGCGGGGCUGCUGCCCGCCCUCCUGCUCCUGACGGCGCUGGGGGGCAGCGGUGGCGGCGCCGCGUUGCCCCCGGGCUGUAAGUACGACGGUCGCCCCAAGAGCGCCGGCAAAGGGGGGGCGGCGGCGGCGGCGGCCGGCGGCGGCCCGGUGGAGGUGAAGCGGCGGCCUGAGAAUUUUUUGAGUGUAAUAAAGCUGGAGAUUAAGGUCGCACAAAAUGACUUUUGUGUAAAGAAAGUGGAAGCUGCAGUAAAUAAUUUUGUUACCAAACUUAAUAUAUUGUUCUUGCCUGUUUUUGUUUACAGGAUUCUGAGUAACAAUAAAAUCACAGAGUUGAAGAACGGUUCCUUCUCUGGAUUACACCUUCUUGAAAGAUUGGACCUUAAGAACAAUCUUAUUAGUACUAUAGAUCCAGGAGCUUUUCUGGGGCUUUCAUCUCUGAAAAGACUAGACUUAACGAACAACAGAAUAGGCUGCCUAAACGCAGAUAUAUUUAGAGGACUCGUAAAUCUUAUUAGAUUGAAUCUUUCUGGAAAUCUGUUUUCUACACUUACUCAGGGAACGUUUGAUCAUCUUGGUUCACUGAAGUCUCUAGAAUUUCAGACCGAUUAUCUUCUUUGCGAUUGCAACAUACUGUGGAUGCAUCAGUGGUUAAAAGAAAGAAAUAUAACUGUACGUGAAACUAAAUGUGCUUAUCCCAAGUCACUUCAGUCGCAAAUGGUGACUGGUGUUAAGCAGGAGCUUCUGACCUGUGAACCACCGCUUGAAUUACCAUCUUUCUAUAUGACUCCGUCUCACCGUCAGGUUGUCUUUGAAGGAGAUAGUCUACCCUUCCAGUGUAUGGCUUCGUACAUUGAUCAAGACAUGCAAGUCUUGUGGUAUCAGGAUGGAAAAAUAGUGGAAACUGAUGAGUCCCAGGGUAUUUUUGUUGAAAAAAACAUGAUUCAUAACUGCUCACUGAUUGCAAGUGCGCUGACAAUCUCAAACAUUCAGGCUGGCUCCACAGGAAACUGGGGUUGCCACGUACAAACCAGACGUGGCAAUAACACGAGGACAGUGGACAUUGUGGUGUUGGAAAGCUCUGCCCAGUACUGUCCUCCAGAGAGGGUUGUCAACAAUAAGGGGGAUUUCAGGUGGCCUAGAACAUUGGCAGGCAUCACAGCAUACCUGCUGUGUACCCGUUAUUCCGCUGGCAGUGGGAUAUAUCCUGGCAACUCACAAGAUGAGAGAAGAGCCUGGCGCAGAUGCGACAGGGGAGGCUACUGGGCAGAAGAGGACUACUCCAGGUGCCAAUAUGCCAAUGAUGUGACUCGAGUUCUUUAUAUGUUCAACCAGAUGCCGCUCAACCUUACUAACGCGGUGGCAACAGCGAGACAGCUCUUGGCUUACACUGUCGAAGCAGCAAACUUUUCUGAUAAGAUGGAUGUUAUUUUUGUGGCUGAAAUGAUAGAGAAAUUUGGAAGAUUUGCUGAAAAAUAUAAAGAGCUUGGAGACGUGAUGGUGGACAUAGCCAGUAACAUCAUGUUGGCUGAUGAGCGUGUUCUCUGGAUGGCCCAAAGGGAAGCCAAGGCUUGCACUAGAAUUGUACAGUGUCUGCAGAAAAUCGCUAUGUACCGGCUUGCAAACGGAGCUCAAGUUUAUUCUACUUAUUCUCCAAAUAUUGCUCUUGAGGCUUAUGUGAUAAAGGCUGCUGGCUUCACCGGGAUGACGUGCACCGUGUUCCAGAAAGUGGCCACGUCAGACCGCACCGGACUCAGCGAUUAUGGGAGAAGAGAUCCAGAUGGAAAUCUAGAUAAACAAUUAAGCUUUAAGUGCAACGUUUCAAACACACUGUCAAGUCUGGCUUUAAAGAACACGAUUGUAGAGGCUUCUAUCCAGUUGCCAGCUUCCCUUUUCACCCAAAAGCAAAAAAGAGAAAUCAGACCAGCGGAUGAGUCUGUCUACAAGCUCCAGCUUAUUGCAUUUCGCAAUGGGAAGCUUUUUCCAGCAACAGGAAAUUCAACAAACCUGGCCGAUGAUGGAAAACGUCGUACGGUUGUAACCCCAGUUAUUCUUACCAAGAUAGAUGGUUUAAGCCCAGCCAGUCACCACGCGCCCAUCAACGUGACGCUGCGGCGCAUCGCGCACGGAGCAGAUGCUGUUGCUGCUCAGUGGGACUUUGAUCUGCUGAACGGACAAGGGGGAUGGAAAUCUGAGGGAUGUCGCAUUCUUCUCUCCGAUGAAAAUAUAACCACCAUUCAGUGCUACUCCCUCAGCAACUAUGCUGUCUUAAUGGAUUUGACAGGAGCUGAGUUAUACACGCAGCCAGCGGACCUUUUGCAUCCAGUAAUUUAUGCCACUGCCAUGGUUUUGCUGAUGUGCCUGUUAAUGAUCAUUGUCAGUUACGUGUACCAUCACAGUGUGAUCAGGAUCAGUGUAAAAAGCUGGCAUAUGCUGGUUAACCUGAGCUUUCAUAUUUUCCUGACGUGUGUGAUGUUUAUUGGAGGCAUAACUCAGACCAGGAAUGCCAGCAUUUGUCAAGCAGUUGGGAUAAUUCUCCACUAUUCCACUCUUGCGACAGUCCUGUGGCUGGGAGUGACUUCUCGUAAUAUUUACAAGCAAGUAACCAAAAAAGCAAAAAGAUGUCAAGAUCCUGAUGAGCCACCUCCUCCACCCAGACCGAUGCUGAGGUUCUACCUUAUCGGUGGAGGGAUCCCCAUCAUAGUUUGUGGAAUAACAGCAGCAGCAAACAUCCGAAAUUAUGGCAGCAGACCUAAUGCUCCUUAUUGCUGGAUGACUUGGGAACCCAGCUUAGGAGCAUUUUAUGGACCAGCGAGCUUUAUCAUUUUCAUAAACUGCAUGUAUUUCCUCAGCAUAUUCAUACAACUGAAACGUCACCCUGAACGGAAGUACGAACUCAAGGAGCCUGUUGAGGAGCAGCAGCGCCUGGCCACCAACGAACACGGGGAGCUGGCUCACCAGGAUUCAUUGUCGGUGUCACUGGUGUCCACGUCUGCUCUGGAGAACGAGCACAGUUUCCAGGCCCAGCUGCUGGGGGUGGGCCUCACCCUGCUUCUCUACGUGGCUUUGUGGAUCUUCGGAGCUCUGUCGGUUUCCCUCUACUAUCCCAUGGACCUCAUCUUCAGCUGUUUCUUUGGGGCCACCUGUUUAAGCCUCAGCGCCUUCCUGAUGGUCCACCAUUGCGUCAACAGGGAGGACGUCAGGCACGCCUGGAUAACCACCUGCUGCCCUGGCAGGAGCACCUACUCGGUGCAGGUGAACGUUCAGCCCUCCAGUUCCAGCGGGACCAACGGAGAGGCCCCCAAGUGCACCAACAGCAGCGCGGAAUCCUCCUGCACCAACAAAAGCGCCUCCAGCCUGAAAAACUCUUCUCAGGGCUGUAAACUCACAAACUUACAGGCCGCGGCGGCCCAGUGCCACCCCGCUUCUCUGCCCCUGAACACGGGUCCUCAGCUGGACAACAGCCUCACCGAGCACUCGGUGGAUAAUGAUAUCAAAAUGCACGUGGCACCCUUAGAGGUCCAGUUCCGGACAAACGGACACCCCAGCAGGCACCACAAGAACAGAAGCAAGGGGCACCGUGCCAGCAGGCUGGCCGUGCUGAGGGAGUACGCCUACGACGUGCCCACCAGCGUGGAGGGCAGCGUCCAGAACGGCCUGCCCAAAAGCCGCCAAAGCAACGGCGAAGGGCACUCCAGGAGCAGAAGGGCCUACUUGGCCUACAGGGAAAGGCAGUACAACCAGUCCCAACAAGACAGCAGCGAUGCUUGCAGCACCCUUCCCAAAAGCGGCAGGAAUACGGAAAAAACGAUACCCGCCAACAACAAAAAAGAGAUUCUAAGGAAACCCAUAGCGGUCGAACUUGAAAACCAACAGAAAUCUUACGGCUUGAAUUUAGCCAUUCAGAACGGACCCCUUAAAAGCAGCGGGCAGGACGGCCCCUUGCUCACUGCGGACAGUACUGGGAAUAUCAGAACUGGGUUGUGGAAACACGAAACGACUGUGUAGGGUUAGGACUCACUGCGGGACGAACCCAUCCGAACGGUGAUCACACAUUCCUUCAAGCUGGUCACACUUCGACGGACUCUUGACAAGCUCUAGGUACUUUACGCAGGGAAGGGAACAAAAAUAAUCGGCCCAGCAAAAGAUUGUAUUGGUUAUAAUCUUUGCUGUUCUUACAAAGAUGAACUUUUUUGGUACUUUGUGAAAUUUUUUUUUUGAAGCGUCAAACUUGAGAGAUGCAGAACGUAACUUUGUACGUUUUUAUUUUUUACCUGUAACCCUGCAGAUUGUGUCCACAACACAUUUCAAAUUUGUAUUUAAAUGUAUAAUAAAUAGUAUUUUCCCCAGCA